AACGGCAGCCACCGUCAUCGUAGGAAGAUGCAGCGAAGACAGUCCGUAUGUGCAUCGGACACAGCUGUUUGUACGUGUUGUUGCGGGAUUGCGUCUCGGAGGAGUGCGGUGGGAAAUAAGCGAAAGGUAGUCGAACUUUCCUUAAGAAAUGAGGCGAAAGGUAACUGUAACGGUUUCAUGAUGUAUCAGAAAAGGUUUAGGAUGAAGGGAAUUCGGGGAAGUCUUAUCGAUGGACAGGCGAGCGGCCAUUGCCCGGUUCUCUCCGGGGAGAAGAAGAUGGAAGUUAUGUGCAAGUCCGUGUAUCGACAUGGUCGGGAAGGGUGGGUUGAAGAUACUGGCUGGGCAGAUGUUGCGUAUGUAAAGGACAAGGAGGGCUCCUACGAAAAUGACUCCUUAUUCAGUAAUGAGACCGUAGGAGAGGGGGAAGGAAGGGAUAGAGGGGAGGAGAAUGCAGCAGCGGCGGGAGCAGCAGCAGCAGCAGCAGGAGGGGGAGGUGGAGGAGGAGAGGAAAAGGAGUAUCGAAGAAUGUACGUUGAUGUUGAGUACGAUGGGAUGGAUGAAGAAGGGAACGGUUCGGAAUCGUCAUCGGGAUUCCGAAAUCGCAGAGGCUCGGGGGAGAGGUUGUCGAGCCUCUUGUUUGGAGAAAGGGGGCUGCUGUUUGUUGUGUCUGUCCUUGUAGAGUGGGCUAGGAGAGCGGCAAAGGCGUUAAGCACCUACUUGCUGUUGUAUCUGCCGCCGUCUGUUCCUCGAGACGGAAUAUCCUUGGCAGUCAAUGGAACGCUGAUUCUUGGCGCGCUUUGGCUCUCUAAGACGCUCUUCCAAAUUGCAAUAACGUUUGCACUUCUGACUUUCAUAGCUGUUGCAAUUGUUCGUGUGAUAUGGGCUGCGCGAACGGCUUCCGCGUAUGUGUUCUCGAACGGAAGGAGUCGCUUCGACGGAUACGAUGAGGGCAUUAAAGGGGAUGGCGAGUGGACGGAAGUGAACCCUGGAACGAGUGCAGGCUGGCGAUCACCGGAUGGCGUCGGAGGGAGGACGACACAAAGCUUCUCCUCCGGAAGGAGGCGGCCGAAAGGGGCUAGCGAUGGGCGUCGCAUGUCAGGUUUCGAACAAAUGCGCGAUAGGGUUAUGCAAGGCUUUCAAGGGGAGUUUUGGGGAGGGAGAGAAGCAGAGGAGGGGGAGAAUAAUUGGACCAGUUUUGGGCAGGAUGCUGGGAGCAAGUCCCAGUUCGGAAGAAGAGGCUAUGGUGGCGGCGAUGAUCGCGACGACGAUGACGACGACGAAUGGGACUUCGAUUCUACGAAACCGGGUUUCGAUUCUCCGAGACGAGAUUCUGAGGGUGGCCAAUGGAAUGACCAAACUACUGGCAGUUUCGCUUACUGACACUGGAAAAAAAAAAAACAGAAAAAAAGCAAGAAGUUUGCCUGAAGUUGCCCUUUUGUUUUUCUCGGCGCGUAGACCACCACCACCUUUUCCACUGUGGGGAAAAGUGGGAAUAUAGCCUACACCGCAUUCUUCGGGGGCCGGGCUGAACGGCGCCUGCCAUAGAUAAUUUUCAUAAUCGGGCGCCGUUUCGUUUCGGCCUCUGGAACGUGUGGGUAUCCAUUCCACAGCCGAUUUAUGUUAAUUUUGUGAAAGUUUGUGGUCCUUUAGUGUUUUUUUUUUCAUGUGAUAAAAAUAGCCUUGUGCA